GUCCCGCCUCGGUCGUCCAGCGGAUGCCAGUCAUCCCACCCCAACUACAACGUGACGAUUCCACCGGCGGCCUCCGGCCGCCUCGGCGAGAUCGCCGACGUCUCCCUCGUUGCAGGGGAGAAGACGAGGAGUGAGGGUCAGGGACAGAGCAUGUGGACCGUCCAUAGUACAACGACUUGACACGACAACCGUCCGAUCCGACCAACCAAACACACCGGCUACUUUCCCCGCCGCGAUCUGGGCAUGCCCAGUGUCCCUCGCGGCGACACCCCUCGAUCUGCGCGAGAGUGCGAGACCACAGCGGCUCGCCGGCGGCGAUGAUGGCUGGCAGAGCUCAUGGCCACAGAAACCGCCUCCGCCGCCUCAUCCCGCGGCUCCUCCUCCUCCUCGUCGCCGUCUACGCCGCCUCCUUCGCGAUCUACCUCCUCCUCCAGUCCCAUUCCCACCACCAGUCGCCGCCGGACCCCACCCCCAGGACUGAAGCCCGUGACGGUGUCCUGGCGCCGUCGUCCUCGCAGAAGCCGUGGCCGCGCCUCCCCUCCUUCCUGCCCUGGGUGUCCAGCGCCGUGCCGCCGCCGCCGCUGCACACCUGCGAGGCCUACUUCGGCAACGGCUUCUCCCGCCGCGUGGACGUCCUGCCCGCGGGCCGCGGCAGCGGCGGCGGCGGCUGGUUCCGGUGCCACCACAGCGAGACGCUGGGAAGCUCGAUCUGCGAGGGCGCCAGGGUUCGGCUUGACCCGGCGCUCAUCGCGAUGUCGCGCGGCGGGGAGCCGCUGGAGCAGGUGAUGGGCCGCGCCGAGGAGGAGGAGCUACCCAAGUACGAGCCCGGCGCGCUGCAGGUGGAGGGGCCGGCGGCGGGUAUGCCGGUGCCCCUGGUGGACGCAGGGUUCCUCAACGACUACGUACCCACCGGCGGGAUCGGGAUGCACACUAUGAGGGCGCUGCUCGAGUCGACGCGCGUUGUGCCACCCGGUGAGCUGCACUGCUCCCAGUGGGUUGAAGAACCGACACUUCUGGUCACUCGUUUCGAAUAUGCGAACCUUUUCCACACAAUUACGGACUGGUACAGUGCAUAUGUUAGUUCCAGAGUCACGAAUUUACCAAACCGUCCUAAUGUUGUAUUCUUGGAUGGCCAUUGCAAGGCACAAUUAGAGGAAACAUGGGAAGCACUUUUCUCAAGUGUGACAUAUGCUAAGAACUUCACUGUUCCUGUUUGUUUCCGACAUGCCAUUCUUUCACCAUUGGGCUAUGAGACUGCCAUGUUUAAGGGUCUUAGCGAGAGCUUCAGCUGUGAAGGUGCCUCCGUAGAUUCACUCCGAGAAAAACCAGACUAUGAAAAAACUGCACGGUUAUCUGAAUUCGGGGAAAUGAUUGUAGCUUCUUUUGAUCUUCUGCAGGAUGACAUCAUGUCAUCCAAAAAAUCGAAUGGACUCAAUGUUCUCUUUGUUCGACGAGAAGACUACCUGGCCCACCCGCGCCACAGUGGUAAGGUUGAAUCGAGACUAAGCAAUGAGCAGGAGGUGUAUGAUGCAAUUGACAAGUGGGCACAAGGCCUGAAAUGCAAAGUGAAUGUCGCGAACGGUCUUUUUGCCCACAUGACCAUGAAGGAGCAACUCCGUGCUAUCCUGGAAGCUUCAGUGGUAAUAGGGGCUCAUGGGGCUGGUCUAACACACUUGGUUUCAGCAACUCCUGAUACAAAGGUUCUUGAGAUUAUCAGCAGCAUGUACCGGCGCCCACAUUUUGCACUUAUCUCACACUGGAAGUCUUUAGAGUACCAUGCCAUAAAUCUCCCUGGAUCAUUUGCAAGGGUCACAGAUGUCAUCAACGAGUUGAGAAAAAUACUGGAAGGUCUCGGAUGCUGAAACAGAAAUACUCUUCAAGGCCACCACAGGCCAUGUAGAAUGGACAUCGUGUCUACUUCAUCACCCAUACUUGGUCACACCAGUUGCAAGGGGUCAUAUGGAUUUUAAUUCGAAGACAUUUUCACAGGCUAUUCAACAUUGUGCCAAGAAACCAAUCAUUCUCAUUUUCCAGCAAAGAAUUUUAUUAUGCUGCCAAAUACAGAAAGUCAAGAAAGCAAUCCUCUGUUUGGUUUAUGUCAGCAAAUGAUAACACGUAAUCCAGAGCUUUAGGUUGUCCACCCUUAUUCUUGGACAUGAUUUUAGGACCAGAAUUUUGACAAAACUGUAUUCUUUGUUGGAUUAUAGAUUAGUAUACCUUUUGUGUGUUACAUGUUGAUCA